GGCUCCCCCCACAGCCUGGGCGAGGAUUUCUACCGCGAGGCGAUGGAGCACUGUCGGAGUUACAACGCCCGGCUGUGCGCCGAGAGGAGCAUGCGGCUGCCAUUCCUCGACUCACAGACGGGCGUCGCCCAGAACAACUGCUACAUCUGGAUGGACAAGACCCACCGAGGGCCAGGCUUGGGCCCAGGCCAGUUGUACACCUACCCGGCCCGUUGUUGGCGCAAGAAACGACGUCUGAACAUCUUGGAAGAUCCACGACUUCGGCCCUGUGAAAUUAAACUCGAUACAGAGGUGACCCUGAAGAAAGAGGGAUUACUCCCGGAGGGGCCUGCCCUGGAGGCUCUCCUCUGCGGGGAGACAGUGGAGAAGAAGGCGGAGGCGAAGGACGAGGAGAGCAUCAGUGAAUGCCAGAGAAUCUUGGCUAGUGACUUCCCUCAUGAGAUCGAGGUGGAUGAUCUGGAGGAGGAUGCGCCGAAGCGGAAAAGUAAAACCAAAGGGCGAACCUGUGGAAUCGGAGGCAUGAGGAAAAGGCAGGAACCAACUUCGCUGGAGGACAGGGACAAGCCAUACGUUUGCGACAUCUGCGGGAAGCGGUACAAGAACCGGCCGGGGCUGAGCUACCAUUACACCCACACUCACCUGGCCGAGGAGGAGGGCGAGGACGAGCUGGAGCGACACACACUUCCCUUCCACCGCAAGAACAACCACAAACCCAGGAAAGCUCCCGAUGGAAGCAUCAUUCCGAACACCUAUUGCGAUUUCUGUCUGGGUGGGACUUCUGGGAACAAGAAGACAGGGUUUCCUGAAGAUCUCAUUUCCUGUGCGGAUUGCGGGCGUUCCGGUCACCCCUCGUGCCUGCAGUUCACGGUCAACAUGACAGCGGCGGUGAGGACCUAUCGCUGGCAAUGCAUCGAGUGCAAGUCCUGCAGCCUCUGCGGCACCUCAGAGAACGAUGAUCAGUUACUGUUCUGUGAUGACUGUGAUCGAGGCUACCACAUGUACUGCCUGAGCCCUCCAAUGUCGGAACCUCCAGAAGGUAGUUGGAGUUGCCAUCUGUGCUUACAGCAGCUGAAAGAGAAGGCCUCGGCCUACAUUACCCUAACCUAAGAGGACCCACACUUGCUGGCAAAUCUGCGCUGACCGGGGAUGUCAUGCCUCGGUCAUCUCCAGCCCAGAACGUGGCCACAUUCCAGAAGCACGACACCAACUGUUGUAAGAUAGCGACCCUUGGCCCAAAGACUCCACAAUGCUGCUUCUCGGGGCAACGUCUAUCCUUGUACUCUGAUCUUAAACGUGUGUUUUACAGACAUUGACAUUUUACUGGGGAUUUGCUUUCACUCUGCCUUCACACUGAGAACUUUCCAAGAGACGGCGGGAAGAUAGCGAGAGAGCAGAGCGAUCAAAGGACCCAGUUCUGGCCGUCCGCAGAGCCAGCGGUUGGAUUUCUGCCUCGGACUAGGAGUGGACUGAUGGGACACCGACCCCUCCUCUGUCCUGGCUUCUGAGGUGCCCUGAUCUUCUGGUUGUGAUGGACCGAUCCCACUGGGGGCGGCAGUUGGAUCGAGAGCCAGAUCGACUCCCUCGUUCCUCCCCCUCCCAGCAAACCCUCAGUGCAAACGGGAGUUGCUUGUAAAAAAAAAUGCAUGGCGUGAUGUAGAUGUUGUACUCUUCCCAUCCCCGCCCCCCCAAAUGGCUGCAAGGAAAGAGAGAUGAGGCCAUGGGAGGAGUGGAGAUGAAAUCUUGUUGCAUUUGGACCAGAGACCAAUUCACCUCAGAUUAUGGGGUCAUGACCCCGAGUGGACCCUUCAGUGAGGUUGAUUCUAUGACUGGGCGUUGGUCAGACAUUAUGGUGCCUCUCCCAUUCAGACGUCUGUCCUGCAGAAGAUGUGGAGAUACUUUAUCGGAAGCUGGUGACGGAUCCAGUCUCCUACUGGGCAUGAAUGAGGUUUGAGGUCUCCACCCCUCUGGAGCCAACAUCUCCCUUCAUCUUGCGAGGAAACUUUAGGAGUCCUCGGGACUACUUUCUUAAGCUGAUGUGUGUGUUUGUUAACUGGGUGUGAUUGGGCGUGCCAGGCUCAUUGGUCAAUGCAGGUGACUGGCAUACUGAAUGAGCCAAUGAUUGCAGCUGGUCAACAGGUGCUGGGUUUUUAUUCAUUCAUAGCUCAAAUCUGAGGACACUCCGUCCAGGACGUCUGUGGAAGGACACGUGUACCGCGCCUGACGACGCUCCAAUGCGUCCCUGGCCUUGGACGGAAGUCAGGACCUGUGAUGAGAUCAGAACGUCAUGCUGCGUGUUGGGAGGGCGUCUGUCUUGUCGAGGGCUGCUGGUUCUGCUUAAACAGAAGAUCCUGAGGAUGGGGGAGGGAGGCGGUGGUGGGAAGGUGACAUUGCCCCCGGGGUAGAGCCAACCUUGUGGUCUGGGUACCCCAGCUUGAUUCCGACCUCCAGUGCUGUCUGUCUGGAGUACGCAGGUUCUCCCUGUGGCCCUGUGGGUUCCCCUGGGUGCCCUGCAGAUUGGUAGACAAAUUGGCUGCUGUAAAUUGCCUCCUGCAUGUAGGUGAGGGGGUGGGGGUGGGGAAAAUUAAAUGGGACCGGUGUAGAAGUGUGUGUGGAGGUUGUCGGGCAACACGAGGACCAUCUCCUGUUCUGUUUGACUCUGUAACCCCAUCCCCAGCCUGAAUCUUUUCUCCAAGCCCAUUACUUAACCUAGUGAAAGGCCGUUCAGCCCAGCAGCCUGUGGGGACCAUUGUCCAUCCAGCCACAUACUCCCCACUCACCACCGCUUCCUUUCAAAGUAAAUCCUGCAGUAAAAGUACCUGUGCUGUGGCAUGAAUACUUACAUUUGAGGCACUGUCCCUAAACCCUAUUGCACACGACCAUUCCCUAAACACUAUUGCACACGACCAUUCCCUAAACACUAUUGCACACGACCAUUCCCUAAACACUACUGGACAUAGGAGCAGAAUUAAGCCAUUCGCUCCAUCGAGUCUGCUCUGCCCCCUCCAACAUGGCUGAUUUAUUUUCCCUCUCGUGCCUUCUCUCUGUAACCUUUGAUGCCCUGACUAAUCAAGAAAUUAUCAGCCUUUGCUUUAUAUAUACCCAAUGAAUUGACCUUUUAACUCCUUUCAAUUUUAGACGAUCUUAAUUUCCAAUGCCACCUCAAAAUUACCUCAUUGUAUUUAUUUACAGGCAGGAUCAUUGAGCUUGCUGGCAUUUAUUGCCCGUCCCUAACCGACUCCAGGAAGGUGGCAGUGAUCUGUUGAUAUUCUGCACCCUUGUAGAGAGGAC